UCGGCCAGGCCUCAGUGGGAGCUGUAGUUCUCACCCCAGGUCUCUUCCUUUCGGUACUUCCCCAGCUCGUUUGCGGCCUGCGAGAGGCGCUGUUUCGCCGUCUGCCCGCCCCGAGUCCCGUUGUCUCCAGGUUGUCUACAGAACCUCAAGUCCAGAAUGACUACAGACCACAGCAAACAGUUUCUUCUUCCAGGUUCCGUCUCUCACGCCAUGUGGCAAUAGCUUUGGGACUUCUGAACACCAUUUUUGUGUGCUUCCUGCUUGUCCAGUGGAUUCUCUGCCAAGAUUCCAAGUGCAGCACUUGUGCCAGUUGUCGCAGUUGCCCAGACCUCUGGAUGAAGUAUGGUAACCACUGUUAUUACUUCUCAGUGGAGAAAAGAGACUGGAAUUCUAGUCAGAAAUUCUGCCUAGGUGAAGAUUCACAGCUCCUUAUGUUCACAGAUGACCAGGAAAUGAGCCUGCUUAAAUGUUUUCUCAAAAAGGAAUUUUACUGGAUUGGUCUGAGGAACAAUUCUGGCUGGAGGUGGGAAGAUGGAUCAGCCCUAAACAUCUCAAGGAUUCUUGCAAAUAGCCUGAUACAGAAGUGCGGUACCUUCAGCGAAGAAGGUCUCCGGGCCUCCAGCUGUGAAGUUCUUUUACAGUGGAUCUGUAAGAAGGUCAGACUUUGAGGGGUCAGAUCUGUCAGAUGGCUCCCUAACAAGACGGAGCAGGCCUCUGGCUGCUGGGGUGGCCAUGUGUGUGUGAAUGCUGAACCUUCUAGUACACGACGUUUGAUGCAAGAUUAAUGCAGUUUCCCUGGGAUUGAUGGUUUAUUGCUCGACCCUCUUUGAGCACGUUUAGAUAUUAUCUUAACAAUUUAAAUGAUCUAGGAACAUUUGGGAAAUAAACAUUUUUUGUAGUACUUCCCACUCUAGUGACUGAUGAGGCCCCCUUCAGCCCCAUUCCCACCAUCUCUGUCAAAAGUGUACGUUUCCUCUCUGUUAUGAUCUGAACUGAUCGGACGAAAUCCGUGCAGGUAUACACUAUUGCUAUGCGUUACCGGGGUUUGAUGUGUGCUAGUGGGUUGGCAUGUGACUUAUUCCUCAUAAUAUAUUUUUAUCCUAAUGGUGGCCCUUUGCAGAUAAAGCUGUGUUCUAAAGGAUGAUGCUAAUAGAACGUAAGUUGUAGAAAGUGGAUGCGAACAGGGUGCUGCCUUCUGCUUCUCAGCUCUUCACCACUUAGAGACCUGGCCUUGCCUAAAUUUAAUUUUUCUGGGCGUGCAUAGACGUGGUUGAGUAAACCGAUAUAUGACCAUAUCUUUAACAUGUUGUGAAUGGGUGAUCUGCGAGUUAAUUUCACAAUAGUGGUCAGUCUGAGGAAAGUUUAUGGAAGCCAUUUAUGUGCUUGAUACCCGAAUUAUUUUAGGCACGAAUGACUCAAAAAUGAGAAAAACAUGAUUAUUUCUCUUAAGUAUGGUUUAGAGAUAGGCAGGGAGGGAAGGUGCUGUUUAAAAGAUGAAGGAGGGAGUACUGAAGGGGACCAUCAUUCUGUACUAUUGAUGACCCUGGAUUAUAAUCUCUUAUCUUUCUCUAGUAGUUUUAUUUUUUUAGGAACAUGAACUGUAUUUUAUCCACCAUUGUAUUCCCCACACCUAACAGAGUGCUUGUAUCAGUGAAUAUUAGAUGAAUGAAUGGAUGAAUAAAAAAUUUAAAAAUUCUUA